AUGGACAGUUCAGUUUGUCUGAUGGAGGGUCACUACCAGCUGGCUCUUCCUUGGCGAUAUGAUGAUCCCUGCUUACCCAACAACAAAUGGUCUGCUCUAAAGAGGUUGAAGCUACUGAAGAGGCGUCUAUUGAAAGAUCCUGCUCUUAUGAAGAAAUAUAAAGACACAUUGGAUGGUUACAUCUCCCAGGGUCAUGCAAGAAGAAUGACCAAUGUGGAUUCAUCAGCAACGAAGUCUGGCUCUACUUGGUAUUUACCUCAUCAUCCAGUAAUCCACUCGAAUAAACCAGAGAAGGUGAGAGUUGUUUUUGACUGCGCUGCCAAAUACCAAGGCACAUCUCUUAAUGAUCAGCUUCUGCAAGGUCCUGAUCUAAAUACCCUUGUGGGAGUACUUCUUCAAUUUCGAAAAGAGCCAGUUGCCAUUGUCGCUGACAUCAAGCAAAUGUUCCAUCAAGUUAAGGUGAAGAAGGCGGACUGCGAUGCACUAAGAUUCUUAUGGUGGCCGGAAGGAGAUUUAUCUAAAGAUCCAGCCGAUCAUCAAAUGUUGGUGCAUCCAUUUGGUGCCACAUCUUCACCAAGCUGUGCAGCAUAUGCUCUGAAGAGAACUGCAGAUGACAACAGAAGUAAUUAUGACACUCGUAUUGUGGAUACUGUUUAUAGAAACUUCUACGUUGAUUGUCUGAAGUCUGUUGCUAGUGUUGAAGAAGCCAAGGAACUGGUGAAACUGUUGCCUGAAAUGUUAGGUAAAGGAGGUUUACAUCUAACAAAAUGGAUAUCCAACUGUUGGGAAAUCCUAGCACUGAUCCCAGAAGCUGAGCGUGCUUCCUCAGUGAUGAAUCUAGAUAUGGAGAACUUGCCGAUUGACAGAGCUCUUGGCAUUCAAUGGGAUGUUGAAAAGGAUGCCUUUAACUUCAGAAUUGGCGACAGACUGAAAAAAGAGACACGCAGGGAGAUGUUAUCCUUCGUGGCUUCAGUCUACGGCCCACUUGGAUUCGCUGCCUCCUUUGUUUUACCAGCAAAACGAAUCUUACAAGAAUUAUGUCGUGUUGGAUAUGGAUGGGAUGAAAAGGUACCAGAAGAUCAACUGUCGAAUUGGAGAGAAUGGAGGAAAAAACUACCUACUUUGAUGACACUAGCUAUACCUAGAUGCUACAAACCAACUGGUUUCAGUCAAAUACAAACAGUGGAACUCCAUAAUUUCUCUGAUGCCUCCUUAGGAGGUUAUGGGGUUGCAUCUUACCUGCGGCUGAUAGAUACAAAUGGUAGAAUUCAUUGCAGUUUGCUGAUGGGAAAGUCCAGGGUCACUCCGCUCAAAGCCACGACAGUGCCGAGGCUUGAACUAACAGCAGCUACAGUUGCAGUUAAGGUCAGCAGACAAAUUCAAGAUGAAAUUCAACUCCCAAUCCAGAGAACCCUAUUUUGGACAGAUUCAACAAUAGUCAUCCAAUAUAUUCGCAACAUGGCAACACGAUUCCAAACCUUUGUCUCUAACCGCCUCCAGAUUAUUCACGAUGCUUCAUCUCCAUCACAAUGGUACCACGUCAGUUCGGAGUUCAAUCCAGCAGACCAUGCAUCACGAGGAAUAAAAUUGGAUGGUUCUAAUGAGGCAGCAAUAACCACAUGGUUCCAUGGUGCAGCAUUUCUAUGGCAACCUGAAUCAGAAUGGCCAGGCCAACCUACUGACCUACCAGAAAUUGAUCGUGACGACAAAGAGCUGAGAAGAAAGGUCCAAGCAACAACUAUUACCCAGUGCAAUACAAUGGGUACAGAUGUUUGGAGUUGUUUGCUCCAUCAAUAA